UGCAGCGCCGAGGCCGCGGGCCGGCCAGCCGCCAUGGUGGACUACUACGAGGUGCUGGGCGUGCCACGGCAGGCCUCGGCUGAGGCCAUCCGCAAGGCGUACCGCAAGCUGGCGCUCAAGUGGCACCCGGACAAGAACCCCGAGCACAAGGAGGAGGCCGAGAGGCGCUUCAAGCAGGUGGCGCAAGCCUACGAGGUCCUAUCGGACGCCCGCAGGCGCGAUGUGUACGACCGCUGCGGCGAAGCAGGCGAGGUGGGCGGCGGCGGCGCGGCGGGCAGCCCGUUCCAGGACGCCUUCCAGUACGUCUUCUCCUUCCGAGACCCCGCCGAGGUCUUCAGGGAGUUCUUCGGGGGGCGCGACCCCUUCUCCUUCAGCUUCUUCGGAGACCCGCUUGAGAACUUCUUUGAGGAUCGGCGGAGCUCCCGGGGAAACAGAAGCCGAGGGGCAGUCCCCUUCUCUGCCUCCUUCACAGACUUCCCAGGGUUUGGGGGUAGCUUCGCUUCCUUAGAUACGGGAUUCACAUCCUUCGGUUCUCCCGGAAACUCGGGCCUUUCUUCUUUCUCCAUGUCCUGUGGCGGUGGGGCGGCAGGCAACUACAAGUCGGUGUCAACCUCCACCGAAAUAAUCAAUGGCAAAAAGAUCACCACCAAGAGAAUCGUCGAGAAUGGCCAAGAAAGGGUGGAAGUGGAAGAAGAUGGAGAGUUAAAGUCCCUGAUAAUUAAUGGCAAAGAACAGUUGCUUCGCAUCGAUACUCAGUAAAGACAUAAAGUGCGUUUUAAGGACUGUCAGGACUUUUU